GUGAAAUUCUCUUUCUGGGGCAAAACUCACCUCAAAACCCAUAAAUAAAACAUACUUGUAAUUAUUACCAUGGUACUUGAGGAACAUAAAAGUGGUAAAAUCUCUAGGGGUAACCCCUUUUUUGUCAUUUUCGUGUCCUCUAAACCAUGGCAAAAUUGUUUGAAUCCUAGAAAGCAUUGAGUAAGGAGACAACCCAGAAAGCGUUAAGACCAUUACUCAGGAUGGAUGCUGGUGACUAGCCUCAUCAGAAAAACUCAUGUAUAGCCUUUCAUGGGCUCUUCUCUCCCAUCCCCACAGGGCUCCCAAUCACAGGGGAAUGGCUGCUGAAAAUCACUCUACAGUGACCGAGUUUAUUCUCAGGGGAUUGACAAAUCGGCCAGAGCUCCAGCUCCCCCUCUUCCUCCUCUUCCUUGGGAUCUACUUGGUCACCAUCAUAGGGAACCUGGGCAUGUUCACACUGAUUUGUCUGAAUGCUCAGCUUCACACCCCCAUGUACUACUUCCUCAGCAAUCUGUCCCUUGUGGAUCUCUGCUACUCCUCUGUCAUUACCCCGAAAAUGCUGGUGAACUUUGUGUCAGAGAAGAACAUCAUCUCCUAUGCGGGGUGCAUGUCACAGCUCUACUUCUUCCUUGUGUUUGUCAUUGGUGAGUGUUACAUGUUGACAGUGAUGGCCUAUGACCGCUAUGUCGCCAUCUGCAGCCCAUUGCUCUACCAUGUCAUCAUGUCUCCUCAAGUGUGUUCCCUGCUGGUGUCUGUGGUCUAUGCCAUGGGAUUUAUUGGUGCAACAAUAGAGACUGGCCUGAUGUUAAAACUGUCCUACUGUGAGCUCCUCAUCAGCCAUUACUUCUGUGACAUCCUCCCUCUCAUAAAGCUCUCCUGCUCUAGCACCUAUCAUAUUGAGAUGACAGUGUUCUUUUUGGCUGGAUUCAACAUCAUAGUUACCAGCUUAACAGUCCUUGUUUCCUACGUCUUCAUCCUCUCCAGCAUCCUCCACAUCAGCACCACACAGGGAAGGUCCAAAGCCUUCAGCACCUGCAGCUCCCACUUUGCAGCUGUGGUAAUGUUCUAUGGAUCUACUGCAUUUAUGUACUUAAAACCCUCCACGGCCAGUUCUGUGGCCAAGGAGAAUGUGGCCUCCGUGUUCUACACCACGGUGAUCCCCAUGCUGAACCCCCUGAUCUACAGCUUGAGGAAUAAGGAGGUAAAGACUACCGUGCAGAAAACACUGAGGAGAAUACUCUUCAGAUGCAAAUGUCAUCAUUCUUCCUCAGGUUGAAAAUUGGGAGAAAUGUAGGGGAGAAACCCUCCAAAAAU